UUAGGUCACGACAAGAUCACGAAGCAGUCGGGCUCCUGCAAAAAACAGACGGUGAGAGUCAAUGUCAGUGGUGUUGAGCGUUAUGCCACACCCCUUCUUCGAAUCAAGAACAUGCCUCUACUGAACUCCACACCAGAAGCCGUGUUGCCUCUCCUGAGAAGCACAGAGAAGCGCCUAGCCAAGUCGCCAGAACAAGCUGCUGCUUAUCAGAUGGAGAUUGAGAAGCUUGUAGAAUCUGGAUAUGUAGUGAAGUUGGUGGACCAUCAGUCUGACACCAUUGGUGAAGCUUGGUAUAUACCCCAUCACAUGGUUCAACAUAAUGGGAAGAACCGGGUGGUGUACAACUGUUCAUUCCAACAUCAAGGUUACAACCUAAAUCAACUCCUCUUACCAGGUCCCACUCUCGGCCCUGCCUUGCUAGCGGUGCUCCUACGUUUCAGGGAACAUGCUGUGGCCUUCAGCAGCGAUAUUCGUGGCAUGUUCCACCAAGUGAGGCUCCUACCGGCAGAUCGACCCCUGCUUCGGUUUCUGUGGCGGGACAUGAACCGAGACAAGCCCCCUGAUGUCUACGAGUGGCAAGUACUUCCAUUUGGAACUACUUGCAGCCCUUGUUGUGCAACGUUCGCGUUGCAGAAACAUGUCAUAGACCACAGCCAACCAGAAGAAGAUGUUCGUGUUGCCAUUAACAAGUCCUUCUAUGUGGACAACUGCUUACAGAGUCUCACAUGUCCAAUAGCCGCCAAGACACUCAUUAACAAACUGCGCCACCUUCUGGCCGAUGGGGGAUUCGAGUUGAGGCAGUGGGCCAGUAAUAAUCCAGAUGUUAUCUGCCAUCUUCCUCCAGACCUCAGGUCAUCCAGUUGUGAGCUGUGGCUCAGUCAAGGUCAGUCCGACAUCCAAGAGCCAGCUCUUGGGCUACACUGGAACUGUAAGUCUGACACCCUCACUUACAAACACAGACGAAUCGAUUGCUCAGUGGCAACUAUGAGGAACAUCUAUAGAGUUUUAGCUAGCCAGUAUGAUCCUCUUGGCUACAUAGUGCCUUAUACCACCCGAGCCAAAGUUAUUGUACGCCACCUGUGGGAGAAGCAGAGGGAUUGGGAUGACCCACAACUCCCUGAGGAGCUGCUGCAGAAGUGGCAUGUAUGGGAAGCAGAGCUGGAACAGUUGCACAAGAUCACACUGCCUAGGUGCUACACCAGACACAGAUUAGACCAGCCCAACUGUAUGAGAGAUAUCCAUGUAUUCUGUGAUGCCUCUGAACAGGCAUAUGGAUCAGUGGCUUAUCUCAGAACAGAGAGUCCAGAAGGAGAAGUCGAGGUUGCCUUCCUUGCAGCUCGAUCUCGUGUUGCUCCAAAGAAGCAGCAAUCUGUUCCUCGGUUAGAGUUGUGUGCCGCUCUAACAGGUGCUCAGCUCUGCAAAGUCGUCAGCUCUGAGUUAACUCUUCCCAUACGCAGCUGUACCUUGUGGUCUGACUCAGCCACAGUCCUAACCUGGUUGGGUUCAGACUCCUGCAGAUACAAGGUUUUUGUGGGCACUCGUGUGGCAGAAAUACAAGAUAUGACGGAAGCUUCCACGUGGAGAUAUGUGCCCUCAAGAGACAACCCAGCAGAUGAUAUUACUCGUGGCCUCACUAUCCAAGACAUCUGCAAAGGCAGUAGAUGGACCGAUGGACCUGAAUUCCUGAAACUAGCUCCAGGUUACUGGCCUGACCUAUCACCUCCACCCCAGAGUAAUCCUGAAGGUGAGCUGAAACGACAAGCUGUUUGUCUAACUGUGUCCAGCUCCAGUGUUCCAGAUCCACGCCAGCACCAAACUUGGGACAGCUACUUGGAGGCCAUCGUACAUCACCUUCACGGGGCGGCUGACCCCAACCACCCUAUCACUGCUGAUUCCUAUGCUGCUGCUGAGAUGGAAGCUCUACAACGAGCCCAAAGGGAAUCAUUCUUGGAGGAAAUCACCCUGUUAAUGGCCGGUAAACCUAUUGCCAAAUCUAGUUGUCUUCUUUUACUUGCACCUGAGUUUGAUGAAAAAACAGGGCUCAUCAGAGUAGGAGGCCGUCUACGCCGGAAUCCUGAACUGGCUGUAGAUGAAGUUCACCCUAUUGUUCUGGACCCCAGACACGCUCUGACCCAACUCAUCAUACAAGAUUAUGAUAGGAAGCUUCAACAUCCUGGGCCAGAAAGGGUGUUCGCUGAGAUCAGAAGGAGAUAUUGGGUGCUACGUGGACGUGAAGCAGUACGCCGCCAUCAGAGAUCCUGCGCUGAGUGCAAGAGGUGGAAAGGUCAACCUAACCCACCCCGGAUGGCGGAUCUCCCUCCAGCCAGACUGCGUCUAUUCAAGCCGGCAUUUUAUUCCACGGGGGUGGAUUGUUUUGGGCCAUACACCAUCAAGAUCCGACGCAGUCAUGAGAAAAGGUGGGGAAUACUGUUUAAAUGUCUAACUACAAGAGCAGUGCACCUUGAUUUGAUCCCGAGUAUGGACACAGAUGCUUUCUUAAUGGCUCUGAGACGCUUUGUAGCCAGGCGUGGGAAACCCAAGGAGAUCCUCUGUGACCAGGGGACAAACUUCAGAGGAGGAGAACGUGAGCUGCAGGAAGCAUUUCAAGCUCUUCACCCUGACCUCAAAGAGCAGCUAGCUUGCCAGCAAAUCAAGUUCAUUUUCAAUCCUCCUGGUUCCCCGCACUUUGGAGGUUGCUGGGAGCGUGAAAUUCGCUCGCUAAAGACUGCUCUUCAAGUCAUCAUUGGAGCCCAAAUCGUCACUGAAGAGGUGCUGCACACCGUUCUGAUUGAAAUCGAGGGGAUGCUUAACUCAAAACCCCUAGGUUACAUCUCAUCUGAAGUAGCAGAUCCUGACCCAGUGACCCCUAACUAUCUCCUCAUGGGACGGCGGGAUGCUUCGCUGCCGCAAGUCAUCUACGACAGCCCGGAGAUUCUUGGGCGGAGAAGAUGGAGGCACAGCCAGAUUCUAGCCGACCAUUUCUGGCAGAACUUUCUGAAGUACUACCUGCCAGGACUCCAAGCCCGCCAGAAGUGGCAGACUGACUCAGCAAAUCUACAAGUAGGAGAUGUGGUCAUGAUCGUGGACAACCAGCUUCCGCGAGCUCUCUGGCCUGUGGGCAAAGUCUCUCAAGUUUUUCCUGGACCAGACACCCGGAUCAGAUCUGCUGAAGUGACUGUAAAGGGACGAACCUACAUUCGACCCGUGGCAAGGCUUGUCAGCCUACCUGCCCUGCCUAAUGAUGAUUAAUCACCUCCUUUUAUUCAGCCUUUUUCUUGAUAUUCGUAUUCACAGGAACCACACUCAAUUAUUUAAAUAAACCGCAAGUACGAGUUGAA